AUGGCCUGGCAAGCUUUGCCCUCACCGCUUCAGGGCACCUGUGUCUCUGGAUGUCACUUACCCGUGGCGCCGGCAAAGCCUAGCCACAAAGGUCCUGGUUAUGAUGCGCCGGUGGCCAAAGUCCUCUUGGCUGCCUUGGACCGGCCUCGUCGCAGCCGUGGCGCUCACGUGCCGCGGCGGAUCUUCGAAUCGCUGGCGGAGCUGACGUCAUCGCUGACCGAAGCGCCGGAGGAGCAGCUGCGAAGGCGGUUGGAUGGACGACUGCAGGAGAUCAACGGCCUCGAGGCUCGCUUCGCCGAGCUCAGCGCCUCCCAGCUGACCGCGGAGGCCCGAGCCCUGCGCGCGCGCGCCGCCAGGGAGACCUUGGAGGCGCUGCUGCCGGAGGCCUUCGCCUUGGUGCGGGAGGCAUCCAAAAGGACCUGGGAUGGACUGGGAUUGGACGGACCUGGGAAAAAUGGUGAGAAAUGA